AUGGCUGAGAAAAGAAGGAGUAAGGACCUUGAUAUGGCACCACCAGAACCUGAGCAUCUUGAAUCAGCUGGCCUGUCAAAUGGCAAAGUUCAAGGAGAUCCCCCUACCCUGGCAGAAGUUAUUGAAAGAAACCGACCCGAUCCAUGGGGUUCGGGGUAUAGAAAAUUAUAUCUCAUGUCUGCUUUGGUUUUCCUGUGCUCUACUAUGAAUGGCUACGACACGAGUCUCAUGGGCUCUAUCAAUGCUCUUCCGAACUAUACUGAGUAUUAUAAUCUUCCGAACGAGGGCUCUAUUGGCCAGAUGGCAGGUGCACUUUUCAUCUGGAUGGCAGAUUGGCGCGGGAGACGAACGCAUAUCUUUAUUGGCUGUCUCGGAGUCUGCGUCGCCACAGUUGUCACCAGUACAGCGGAGAAGCUAAGCGUCUUCAUUGGGGGGAGAUUCUUGCUGUCAUUCUUUGCGACUUGCGCUCAUACAGCCUCUCCCUUGUUGCUCGUCGAGCUUGCCCCUCCCCAGUAUCGUGGGAGCGUAGCUGGAAUGUACAACACACUUUAUUAUGCUGGCUCAAUACUCGCAACUUCAUCCGUGUAUGGCGCCCAUCUACACUUGGCACACCGUAGCCAUCUAGACUGGCGUCUUCCACUCUGGCUCCAGAUGGUAUGCCCUGGAAUUGUCUGCUUGGGUAUCUGGUUUGUCCCAGAAUCGCCCCGUUGGCUCAUCGCAAAGGAUCGCCAUGAGGAGGCCCAAGCCUUCAUCGUAAAGUAUCACGCCAACGGCGACGCUUCACACCCAAUUGUGGUGCUUGAGAUGAACGAGAUGAGAGAUAAUUUGCAACAAGAAGGCAUUACGCACUGGCGUAACUUCUUUGAUCUUUCAGUGCUUGUCAAGUCCCGUUCUCGCCGGUAUCGUCUCAUGCUCAAUCUGGUCUUUAGCUGGUUUGGACAAUUCUCGGGAAAUAACGUCAUCUCGUACUACCUUCCAACGCUGCUGAAAAAUGUUGGAGUUACAAAUACUGAUACUCAGCUCCUGCUCAACAUUAUCUAUGCGUUGACUGGAUGGAUCGCUGCCACGAUUGGCACGCGUUUCCACGACAUUGUUGGCCGCCGGAAAAUGUUUCUUGGUUCAACAGCUGGGAUGGUCAUCUGUUUGGCAGUCACGGCAGCAACAGCUGCUGCCUUCCUCCACAGUGGCAGCACAACGGCAUCGUCAGCUUCGAUCGCUUUUAUUUACAUAUUCGGUGUUGUAUUUGCGUUCGCUUUCACAUCCAUGCAACCUAUCUAUCCCGGUGAAGUCAUGUCAAACGAUAUGCGGGCCAAGGGUAUGGGAACAUUCAAACUCACGGCUGGUGCUGCGGGCUUUGUCAAUACCUUCGCGGCACCGAUUGCUCUGGCAGAUAUCGGGUACUGGUUCUAUGUCUUUUUUGUUUUCUGGGAUUGCUUUGAGUUUGUUUUCAUCUACUUCUUCUUUGUUGAGACCAAGGGUCGCACCCUAGAAGAACUGGAGGAAGUUUUUGAAGCCCCGAAUCCUCGCAAGGCGAGUCUCAAGGUUCCAUCGCGGCGUCGCCGUGAUGGAGAUUGGUAA